CAUAAAUUCAUAAGAAUUAAGUGAUAUGUACGUAAAUCUUCCUAAAAGUAAAAUAUAAACUGCUGAAAACAAGAUUAAAUGCGAAAAUAGAAAAAAGUCCAUUGUUCUACCCUGUAUAUUCGCUGCCAUAACAUGUGGCUAAAGGUCAGCCCCAAGUAAACAGCUUCAGCAUCUGGACCUCUUUUGGCCUUGAGCCGUUGCGUAAAGCUCAACUAAAACUCCUUGAUUCCAGGAGUCUAAAAUCAUUUUUUCCCAAAAAAGAGAGGAAAACAAUGAAGGAAACUAGAGACAGAAAGACAAUAUCAUCUUCCUCUCCUCCUCGAACAACAAGCAAAAAACCAGCCAUUACAGCUGACUUGUGAUCCGUGAGCUCUUUGCAGCUAAUGGGCGACGGAAGGCCUGCAUUAGACACGUCCAUCCGUCUGACGGCGGUGGCCGUCCACAAGGAUAAGAACAGCCAGCAUGCUGUGAAAUGGGCUGUUGAAAAUCUGAUGAGCACGACGACCAUUGUGCUCAUCCAUGUCAGGAACAAAUCCGCUAAGACGGAAGCAGGCCAGGAAACCACAAGGGAAGAAGCAGAUGAAGAAGUGAAUAACCUAUUCCUCCCUUAUAGGGGGUUUAGUGCUCGCAAAGGGAUGAUGGUCCGGAUGAACCUCCAUGCCAUAUAUGGCGGCGUGGCUGCAUCCAAACCGUCACCCGGAUGUGCAGUCUACUACACACUUAGCUUAUGCUUACAUGAUUGUUUGUGUACUCUGCAGACGCAGCUGAAGGAGGAAGUCCUAGAAGGUGCUGAUAUUUCAAAUACCAUAGUCGAUUACAUCAAUGCCAAGUCCAUCCAAAACCUUGUUGUCGGGGCCUCAAACAGCAGUAUCAUGAAAAAACUCAGAGGUGUUGAUGUUCCAUAUAACCUCAUAAAAUCGGUACCAGACUUCUGUGCCGUGUAUGUCAUUUCCAAGGGGAAACCAACUACCAUCCGACCAGCAAGAAACUCAUAUCCAAGUACCAUUCCACCAAGGAAUUUGAGCUUCAUGGCGAGUUCGCUGUACCAACCUGACCAAGACAAUACAGUCAGGGCACCGUAUUCAAGGAGGAACUGGGGAGUUUCAGCUCCACCAACCCCCAUACAUGAGAGAACAGAAAGAAGAUCAACAGAUUUGCUGCCUGAUUAUCUGAAUACAUCCGCAAGAGACAGACCACUUUCCACAGCUCGUUCGGUGCCCAACAAUCUAUUCAUGGACAACCUUGAUCCUGCCAACCAGGCCCAAAGUUCAGUUGAUUAUGGAAGCUCAUUUUCAGACGACAUUGAUUUACAGGGAGUCAGUUUCCAAUCCAUGAACAUUGGAGAUUCUCUUGAGUUCUCAUCAGCCUCCAUGGAUAGUCAUUGGACUGGGAGCAGCUCCUCUUUUACUGGUGCAAACCGAGAACUUGAGUCUGAAAUGAGAAAGCUGAAACUUGAGCUAAAGCAAACAAUAGAGAUGUAUAGCAAUGCUUGCAAAGAAGCUGUAAUAGCUAAACAGAAGACUAUGGAGCUUCAACAAUGGAAAAUUGAGGAAGCACAAAAGUUCGAGGAAUUAAGAAAUGCAGAAGAAGCAGCUCUUGCUAUGGCUGAAAUGGAAAAAAUAAAGCGUAGAUCUGCUGUUGAAGCAGCUGAAGCUGCACAAAGAAUUGCUGAGCUUGAAGCACUUAAGAGACAACAUGCAGAGAGGAAAGCAAGGCGUGAGGCAGAAGAGAAGAAGAAAGUAUUGGAUGCACUGGCUCAUACAGACACCCGCUACAGGAGAUACACCAUUGAAGAGAUUAAGGCUGCAACUAAUGACUUCAGUGCAGAAAAUAAGAUUGGUGAAGGUGGCUAUGGACCUGUGUACAAGGCCUAUUUGGAUCAUACCCCAGUUGCCAUUAAGGUCUUAAGAACAGAUGCUGCACAGGGAAGAAAACAAUUCCAACAAGAGGUUGAAGUCUUGAGCUGCAUCCGUCAUCCUAACAUGGUCUUACUACUUGGAGCCUGCCCUGAGAACGGAUGCUUGGUGUACGAGUUCAUGGAUAACGGUAGCUUAGAUGACAGACUCUUCCGAAAAGGAAACUCACCCCCUAUUCCAUGGAGCACAAGAUUCAAAAUCGCUGCUGAAAUAGCUACUGCACUCUUGUUCCUCCAUCAAGCAAAACCAGAGCCACUGGUCCACCGUGAUCUAAAGCCUGCAAAUAUCCUCCUAGAUCGAAACUAUGCCAGCAAAAUCAGCGAUGUCGGUCUUGCAAGGCUUGUUCCACCAUGUGAAGCAGACAAUGUAACGCAAUACCACAUGACAUCAACUGCAGGAACCUUCUGCUAUAUUGACCCUGAGUAUCAACAAACAGGGAUGCUCGGAGUCAAGUCUGAUAUUUACUCUCUAGGUAUAAUGCUGCUUCAGAUUAUCACGGCUAAGCCUCCAAUGGGUCUCACCCACCAUGUUGAGAGGGCGAUUGAGAAAGGAAUCUUUGCAAAGUUGCUUGAUCCAGCAAUAACUGAUUGGCCAGUAAAAGAAACACUUUGCUAUGCUAAAAUUGCCUUGAAAUGUGCUGAAUUGAGAAGAAAGGACCGGCCUGAUCUUGGAACAGUAGUCUUGCCAGAGCUUAACAGACUAAGAAAAUUUGGACGAGAAUAUGAAGUCAGUAGACGAUAUAAUGCCAAAAGUUGCAGGAGUGGCAGCAAUUUCAGCACUCCACCAAGGCCACACAGCAACAGCAGUUCACAUCCAAGGACGCAGCCACUUGUACAACAGGAAAAAGUUAUAAGCAACGCAAGUAUUACAGCACCGUGGACUUCUUCGAGUGAUGAUGAACUCAGAUCUGGAUAAAUGCACAGGGUUAAUGACUGAAGAAGGUUUGAGUAAGCUAAAUGCUUCAAGUUUAACAAAAUUAUAAUUUGAUGGCUGAAGAUGGGUGCAGUGCAUGUCAGCUGUUAAUCAAUCAUAUAAUGAAUGUUUCCGAUUCUAGUUGAUAGAAUCGGUGUCAGAUAAAUUGUGUCUUUCAUGGUAAACAAAGAUACAGAAUCAUUGGUUAAUAUGAAUUCAUAAUUUCCUAAAGUUUUCUAACUUGACCUCAUAGAAGAAUAACUCAGAUGAAAUGAAAUUUAAACGCUGCCAGGCAUUCUGAGCAUUUUGUGAAGCCGCUUAUUAGCAAGAAUCGGCCACCGCCAUCAAAGAUCAUUUCAUAGCAGUAAACCUUAAGGGAUUAUACGCAUAUACCAUAACGGGUUUUGUCUUUUAGCGAUUCCAAAACUUUCUGCAUACUGCUAUAUAUAAUGUCCUUUAUGUAAAAGCUAAGGUAAGGAAAGCGUUGACUGUUUGCCUCAUGUUUGUGUUUGCUGCUUCUCUCUCGUCGGGUGAAAAACCUUUCUAGGUUUUAUGCCUCUUUCAUGGUAUCAGAGCACGCCUGGAUAAGUGAUCUCCUUCUUCUUCUCUCGGUAUCUAAUCCCAUCAUCCCUGGUUGGUAUUUUCACAUUGAAUCCAACUUUCUCCUAAUUUCCCACCUCAAACAUCUCACACAACAUCAGCUCGCCGCCGAUAAUUAUCAGACCUGGAGAGCUCGGGUUCUUAAAACCUUCUCGACAAACGUGUUUGCUGGAUUCCUAUAUGGGAGCUGUGCCUGUCCACCACAAUACAGUAGGCGUGCUAACAUCAACUUUUAGAAAACAGACUAUUUCAAAUAUGAAACCUCAAUUAAAACCUGACAAUCUCUCUGCACUCCAUGAUUUCUCCAACGUCAGCACUCUAGAAGGGAGACUAUAACCCACCAACAGCUACUUCCCCAUGCCCUCCAUCUAAACUCAUCUGGAGAACUCCAGAAGGGAGACUAACCCACCAACAGCUACUUCCUCAUACCCUCCAUCUACACUCCUCAUCUGGAGCACUCCCAUCUACACUCAUCUGGAGCACUCCAGAAGGGAGACUAACCCACCA